CGGAAGUUUCUGUUUGACUCUAAACUAGCAUCAAAAUGGCGGACGAUGAUAUUGACGUAGAAGGCGAAUUUGACUUAAAAACAGAACUUGGCGAAGAGUUUUAUGACACCAAUGAAUUGCCUUCUAAAAGUGCAAAUCUUCUCCCAGAAUUUACCAGUCCUGCCUGGAUGCUAGAACAGGGCUGGUCUCUAGAUAGUUGUAUGGAUGAAAAAUCAAAAGCUACCAUUGAAAAAAUGUUGCUAGAAGAACAACAGUAUAUGUGUGGGCGUAAAACCUCCAGAUAUCUCAGCAUUCAAAAAAAUGUUCUCCUGGUGACAGCAGGCAGUAGUAAGAUGAACACACCUAAUAGAAGUCCAUGGACUCCGGAAGAAAAAAAUACUUUUUUACAGGGUCUGGGAAUAUUUGGAAGAAGCUGGAGUAAAAUAGCCAGUUUAAUUCCAACUAGAACUAGUCUGCAAGUCAAAAAUUAUGCUCAACAGUACAUGAAAAAUUUAGCCAAAAAGAAGGCAGAAGUGGAGAAGCUGGAAUUAGAAACUUUCAAAUCCAUGACAGAAUCACCACUUUAUGUUAACUCCUCACUAGCUGCAACAGUAGCUAGUGUCACAACUGGGCAACCUACAAUUACUACCAACUCCAAACCCAAGUUGAGUUCAAGUGGUGCUGUUCACUUAGGGUCUCCAAGUAAACAGUGUUUCAAGCCCAACAAGCAGGCGAAGAAAGUCACAGUUUCUGUUAAAAAGGUGAAAAACAAGGGAGCGAAGGGAAACAAAUCCAAGAAAAACUCAUCUAAGAAUGAACAACUGUGUACAUUAGAAAACUUAGAGGCAAUCAAAACUUGUGACUCUGUCACUAUCAUAAGUAGCAGAUCUCACAAAAAAGGCAGUGUAUGUAGUAGUAUAUGUUCCACUUCAGAUGGUUUGUCUGGAUUGAAUGGCAAUAGUGACAUUAGUAACUCCAGUUUCACUAAAGAGUCAAAGUUAUCAGAGGAAGAAGAUGAUGAACUUGAUGUUGAUAUUGAAAAUGAUGAUGAUGAGAAUCCAAUUUUACAAAGUCGUUCUGCCUCCCCUAGUUCAGUCUAUGAACAACUGUUGAAGUCUGCUUACAUUGUGAAAGAAAACUCUGGGAAAGAAACAAACACUAAAAGUGUGACUCCUAAGAAACCCAGCAGCCACCAAGGGGAAGAAUGUGCAGAUAAAGUUUGUCUGGGUGACACAAAGGAUCCAGACCUUGUGGCAAAGACAGAGGAGGAGAGUUCUAGUAAUGAAACUUUCAACAAGUUAGACUCACUGUCUGAUGAUAGCAGCAAGGACAAAACCUAUGAAGAAGAAGUAGAACAUUGUGUUAAAACAGAGACUAUUGUGAAUGGAUUAGUGACAUCAUCAGGUGAGGUAGUUGAGUUUGAUAUCCCACAAGAAGAGAAAAUUCUAGCUCCUACUUUCAUAUCUGAAGAAGAGAAGACAAUUCAUGCAGACUUCUUUGAUGGCAGGCCACCAAAAACACCUGAAAGAUACUUGAAGAUAAGAAGUUAUAUUAUAGACUAUUGGUUAAAAUGCAAGCCUAAUUACCUUAACAAAACCUGCAUUAGGCCAGGGCUUAAGAAUUGUGGGGAUGUGAAUUGUAUCGGCCGUAUUCACUCUUAUCUAGAAUGUAUAGGUGCCAUUAACUUUGGUUGUGAACAAGUAGCUCAUCGCAACCCUCACAAAUCUCUGCCUGUAGGAACCAAUGGAAAAGUCAAAGGGCCCAGUAAAGAUCUUGUCACAUCAUCUUUCCCAAUCUUAAAAUCUGAGGUUACACGCUCUAGAAAGAGGAGAAUCAGAAAUGACUCUGGUCUUUGGGUAGAUGAAAAAGAACUGGAAGGGAAAACUAUUAAUCACAAUAAUGAGAAGGUAGAAAAAAAAGCUAAAGUACCAAGAGUUUCCAAAGUAACCUAUAACCCUUUCAAAUUGGUGCCUUGCCUAAAGUUUAGUGAGGAGAAACCAGCCCCUUGUACAAUCGAAAUGUUUAAUACAGCCUUGGCUAUAAUGGACAUCCAUGCUCAUAUAUCUAAAACAGAAGUUAUAGGCAUGCUUGGUGGUAGUUUCUGUUCUAAGACAGGAUUGUUAACUAUCAGUAUGGCUAUACCAUGUAAAAGUAUGAGCACUGGAAUGCAGUGUGAAAUGGAUCCUGUUUCCCAAACACUAGCCAGUGAUAAAAUAGAAGAUAUGGGAAUGUCAGUUGUGGGCUGGUACCACUCACAUCCAACCUUUAGCCCAGACCCAUCUGUCAGAGAUAUUGAAACACAACAAAAAUUUCAAUAUUGGUUUUCAAAAGGUGGGAAUCACUUUGUUGGUGUUAUCAUAAGUCCUUAUAAUAGUACAUCUGUCUCAGUCUGUUCAGACAUUAAUUGUUUGACUAUCAGUGACACUCACAGCAAGGAUUAUUCAUGCAAUUUACCCUACAAGUUUGACUACACAGUUGUAUACAGAAACAGUAUCACUGAGAUACUUGGUCCUGCCAAUGAACUGGCUGAAAAAUAUUCCAGUUAUGUCAACCGAGUGAAACUGUCUUGUCUGUAUAAAUCAUCUCUGGGAAUAACUUGUCUUUCAAAAAUGUUGCAGUCAGUGAAAAGAUUUCUGGACCCAUCUUUUGAAUCUACAAUUAGACAGAAUGAGCCAGAACAUGGACUGCCUAUUUGUGUUGAGGAGAAAUCUCAAGCUGAAAAUGUUAUUCACUAUCUGGAGCAGACAUUUAGUCAUAAGUUUGCCAACAGUCAUUAGAAGAGGCUAUCAUAUUGAUAGUUAUAUAAGUCAAAAUGAAUUCCUGAAUAGCGAAUGUAUCACUCUGAUAUUCUCGUUAAAUUGUCUCAAUAUUGUGCUGAAAUGCUUGAGAUUGGUAUAACUGUAGUCUGUCCUGUCAUUUGUGAACAUGAUGUUAGAUUGGAAAAUGUUUAAUGUCAAACUUUGUCACUAUGUGUAAUAGUUCUUUAAAUGGAAACUAUAAAAGUCAACCUAUUGUGUUCUAGUCUGGGUUUUAUUAAACAUCAGGUUUGUAUCAACAUUUGAUGUAUUUCAUCAAAAGUAAGGACUAGCAGGGUAAUAUUGACUUAUUAUUGAUUUUUAUUGCUGCAUUUUUUGUUUACUCAAUAUAAUUAAAUUUAAAAUAUCCUCAAAGCAAUUAUCUGAAUUCAUUGAAUUUGAUGGGCAUUAGAAAUUCAUGGUAACAUUCUAGCAUUAAAAAUGUUAUACAAUUUUACUUUGCUAAAUGAAGAGAUCUUAAUUUGUGCAAGUAAUGUUAUACCAUUGAUACCAUCUUAAUUUAUUUGAGUACCAGUGGGAGUUGACAUCUGUUUUCUUUUAAAUAAUUGUGUUCAGUCUGUGGAAAAAAAAAAGUAUAUUGGUUAUUGAUACCAUUGUCAUUGAUUGGUUUAUUGAAAUGGUUUAUCAGAUCUUGACAAUAUUUCCUCUAUAUCAUGGAGACUUAGUUUACAUUCAAACUGUAUUUAAUGUAUCACCAGUCUUCUUUAGGUUUAUUUACAUUGGUAUACCAUGGAAUCUGGUUACAGCAAAAUCAUUUUUUUUACUCAUUAUAUGGCCAACACACCUUUUUGAAAUGUCCAAAUAGCCUAACAUACUGAACUUGAGUAGGAGAUGUGUAAUCAGUGACCUUGUGUGGUUUAUCUUAAUCUCUGUUGAGCCUCUUUGAAACUGAAGACUGUGAAGUUAAGGAGAGACUAUGUCUGUUACUGCCUUUUCCCCAAAUCUAAUUCAGUAUCACAUUGGCUUAGUUGUUCAAUACAGUUACCUGAUAGACAAAAGCAAUGUUCAGUUCAAAGUUCAAACAGUGUUAUGAUCAAGUUGAUAUAUUUGGAUGUGUGUAUAUGUAAACUUGUACAACUUGAAUGUUUCUUAAAGAUACUAACAAAAAUGUGACCAUGCUAAAUAGUUUAAAACUUGAGUUCAACCGCCAAUAAAAAAAAGUCUGCCUUUUGUUUUGCUGACUAGAUCAAUUGAA